AUGCAAAGAGUUUUUGGCGAGCUAGGGAACGGAUCAUCUGUCGAGAUCACAUUGGCAGGUUUGGGUCAUGUGACUGGCCCGGCGUUCAGGAGAUGCAACUCGAUGCCAAACGUUGUGGUGCAGACUGUUCCUGCGGACGAUGCGUUCGAUGUAGAACUUCCGUCUGCCGCCACGACACAGGAGCCGGUGUCGACCGACUCCUCACCGCCUGCAGCCGACGACUCGGCGCAAAAGGGUCCGGCCGAAAUUGUCGCGGACAACACAGCUGUGCAAGUCUGA